AUGGAAACUAGUCCUGGAGCACACAAAUCAACAUUAGUUCGUACAAUUCAUGAAACAGAUAUAAUCGAUAGUUCCGAAGUUACUAAUUCAAAAGAUAUUGAUGUAGAGACAGACAAUUCAAAUGUGAAGAAGCGUAAACUAAGUGAUCAAAUUGAUAGUGCAGAAUCUAAUACUAAUAGACAAAUUAGUAAACAGAUCAUUAAGAAGGAUACUUCAGAUAUUGUUGUUUGUUAUUAUGAAAAUGGUGAGAAAGGCUUAAUAACUAUUAACGGCCAAAGAGUUACACCUGAAACAAUUAUUAAAAAUCAAGAUUUAAUUGGGCAUCGACUCCAUCGUCAUGAACCUCCUGUUACUGCUAAUCCAAUUAAAAUUUUAUGUGUCAAAGAUGAUCAUAUUGUUAUUGAUAAACCUAGUAGUAUUCCGGUACAUCGUUUAACAUCAGGAAUAAUGAUUUUAUCGUCAAAAAAAGAAAAAGCCCAGGAUUUUGAACGGCAACUGAAAAAUCGUAAAAUUCAAAAAGAAUAUAUUUGUCGUGUGUUGGUUCAUCUUCAAUACUUAGGUCAUCCAAUUGCCAAUGAUCCUUUAUAUGCGAAUGCAAAAGCUUGGGGAUCUGAACUUGGGAAAGGUGGUAUUAAUGCGGAACAAACAGAUAUAAUAAUUGAUAAGCUUAUUAAAGAAGGCUUUUGCGAAAAUGGUGAUAUGAGCUCUGAUACUCAAAAAAAAACUGAUGAUUGUAAAGUUUUUCAAACCAAUACCGGAGAUGAUUUAAAAAAUGAGAUCGCAAAGUUACCAAAUGAGAAUAAUCAUGCUAAGGAGUCAGUUGUUAUUGCUAAGCCUAACAUGAAGCUUUGUGAAGAAUGCACAGCAGCAAAAUUUUCUGAUCCUUUUUUACACCAAUUAUUGAUUUGGUUACAUGCUUUAAAAUAUGAAGGUGACGGAUGGAAAUAUGAAAGUGAGUUACCUUUUUGGGCUAAAGACGAAUUUGUUGGAGAUAUGGAAUAUGUCUGA